AUGAUAAAACAACAACAACAUCCCUAUUAUCCGAUUACUUUGGAUAUACCCCAAUAUGUACCAAAUGACAAAAGUACUUUUCAAAUUUUGCUAAUCGCUGGAAAUAUAAUGUCAUUUAUUGUUGUACUGUGUUAUGCCAUUUCACGACAAAAGACGGUUACUUCAUUUUUAAGAUUUACAUGGUUUGUAGUUUGUGGUAUAUUGCAUUUAGGUUUUGAAGGAUACUGGCUAUUUCAUAAAAAUACGAUAGCAGGACAAAAUGAUCUACUUGCUCAAUUAUGGAAAGAAUAUGCUCAUGGAGAUUCACGCUAUAUGAUUGCCGAUCAUCUAUUAACAACACUUGAAACCAUGACUAUAUUUAUAUGGGGACCCGUUUGUUUGAUUUCUGCCUUUUACAUCUGGCGAGGAUCACCGAAACAAUAUUUCUUCCAAUUGAUAGCUUCUUUAUUUCACAUGUUUAGUUGUUCAUUAUAUUUUGCAGAUUUGCCUAACGCCAUCUAUUGUGAUCCAAAUCCAAUUUACUUUUGGGUUUAUUUUGUCGGUUUUAAUUCACCUUGGAUUAUAGUAUGUAAUGAUAAAAAAAAUAGCUUUCCUCAUAACUUAUCAAUUCUUUAG